AUGGGCCCCGCGAAAGAGAUCGCCGCGGCCAUGGUGGCGGCCACCGCGGUGCCGGUGACGCUCAACUGGACCGACGUCAUCAAGACGCGGAUGCAAGGCGCCGCGGCUCCGGGAUGCGUGGCUGAGCCCUACGGAGGGGGCUUUGCCAAGACUGCUCAAAGGAUCCUGGCGGAGGAAGGAGCCUUUGCCCUUUGGUCCACUGGCAUGCUGGCAUCACUUGGCCGCGAGUGCAUCGCUGUGGGCACCCGCAUUGGCGCAUACCCCGCGGUCAGGGACUCCCUGUCGCUGAUUGCGCAGGGGCAGAGUGGCGGCGAUGCAGGCAUCGGCAGCAAAUUCUCCGCCGGGGUGGUGCUGGGAGCGCUCUCUGGGCUACUGGCUACACCCUUCGACUUGGUGCGCAUCAGGGUCCAGGCGGAAGCGGGCAGUGCCAAAGACGGGCUCCUCACCUCCGGGCUUCGAUGCGGCCUGCCCCAGCGGAUCACCGGCUCCGUCACCGGCUUGCGGGUGGUCCUGGCCGACGGCCUGCCGUGCCUCUUUCGUGGCUCCGGGGUGAACGUGGUGAGAAGUAUUUGUAUGACCGUCGGCACUGUGCCUGUCUAUGAGCACACGAAGCACGUGGCCAAGUCCUCCUUCGGCCUGGCCGACGGCCCCUCGCUGCAUCUGGGCGCCGGCCUGGUGGCCGGCGUCGUGGGCACCACCGUGGCGGCCCCGGCGCCUCGGAAGCGGACCCCGGGCUCCGGCCGUGGCGGGGAAACACGGAAGCGUUGCUCGUGA